AAUCGACAGGUACGCCGUGGUGACCGUAACUUAACAUUGCAUUGGGAUAUAGUGCUUUCAUCGCAGCAAGAGGCAGCGGCGUUUCUUCCCCUCCGGCCGCCCUGGGUCGUACGAUCACAUUUUUGGUUUGGAAGGACGUUCAUAAAGUCUAAUUACGAUGGCUGAAUUUGGUGAGCUGGUGCUCGUUCUUGGUGACCUGCACAUUCCUCACCGUGCUGCUGCCAUCCCCGAAAAAUUCAAGCGCAUGCUAGUGCCCAACAAGAUGCAGCACGUCCUCUGUACAGGCAACCUUGUCAGUCACGAACAGCUCGAGGAGCUCAAGGCCCUGGCCCCCAACGUGCACGUGGUCCGGGGAGACAUGGACGAGGCCUGCCCCUCCUCCCUCCCGGCAUCCGCCCCCUUCCCCGACACCAAGGUGGUGACGAUAGGGGAGCUCCGGCUCGGGCUCUGCCACGGGCACCAGGUGCUUCCGUGGGGGGAGGCGGCGGCCUUGGACGGGUUGGCGCGGGAGUUGGAUGUGGACGUGCUCAUUACGGGGCACACGCACAAGCAGCAGGUGAGCGAGCGGGGGGGCCGCUGGUUCCUGAACCCAGGCAGCAUCUCGGGAGCAUACUCGAGCCUG